AUUUUUAAUAAACUUUGUUAUGAAAUCCCAUAUUUCAUGUAAUUUUCACUUAGCUUAGGUGUAUAGACAUACAACUAUGAGAAGAGACAACUAUGAAUUAGGACAUCAUUGGAUGAGUUUGGAAUUGGGCCGAAUUUGGGCUGGUACUGGCCCAUUAAGGUUUAGUUACCUGUUUUUUCACUAACGUUCACCUCUUACUUACCUUCAAUGGAGCGUAAUAAAGAUUUGAAAAUCCCUCCGAAAUCCCUAACGGCUACUUUUCAUUCAUUCAUCUAUCUCUCUUAUCAAAUUGAUCAAUCGUACUCUGUAAGAAUUCUCUUCAUUGAAAUCAUUCUAAUUGAAAUUUGAAGCUUCUUCAGUCACUUCAACAACUCAAACAUCUGAGCUCCAACCUCUUCUUCCUCCUACAAUCUCACGGAAACCUCCAUCAACACAACCAUGGGUUUUAACCCAUCAAGAAAGAUUCGAGUCGUAGCCAAACUCAGGGGCUUAACCGAUAAGGAAGCUGAAUUAUCUACCGACCUUUCUUGGAUAUCUGUGAAAAAACCCAACGGUGAAGCUUCUGAGACUGUCACUAUUUCUUUCGGUGAUCAAUCAGCAAGUCGUAAGGAUUCCUACGAAUUGGACUAUUGUUAUGAGCAAAAUGAAGACAACGAGCUAAUUUUUUCACGGGAAGUAAAGCCUCUAAUUUCAGGAGUUUUUAGUGGUUGCAAUGCCACUGUGGUUGCCUAUGGAGCGAAAAACACAGGAAAAACUUGUGUGAUUCAGGGUUCUUGUGAUAAACCUGGAUUGGCAGCACUUGCAAUGAACGAAUUUCUUUCAUUGGCGGAGUUAAAUGGUAAUACUGUCGCUAUAUCAUUCUAUGAGGUUCAGCAAGAUCGUGUUUGUGAUCUUUUGGAUACAAAGCAGUCGGCAGUUUUUGUAUUGGAAGAUAAGCUAGGAAAAAUUCAACUUAAAGGUCUUUCUAAGGUACCUGUGAAAUCAAUUUCAGAUUUUCAAAAGUUAUGUGUUGGUUUCAAUUCGCGUAAACCAACACAAAAGAUACCAUCUGAGCUUCCUCGUAGAAGCCACAAGGGUUUGAUAGUUCAUGUAUCAUCUCCCAAUGAAAAUCUAGAUACUCUUCAAACUAGCAAGAUGAAUUUUGUUGAAUUAGCUGGUUAUGAGGAUGUUCGGAGAAAGGGCAAUGAUGGCCUCAAUUCUGUCGAGCAAACUAAGAUUAAUCAAUCUAUAUAUGCUUUUUCAAAUGUUUUACAUGCAUUGGGUGGCAAUGAAAGUCAUGUCCCCUAUCGUGAAAGCAAACUAACACGAAUACUGCAAGAUUCUUUAGGAGGGGUAAACAAAGUUUUGAUGAUCGCUUGUUUGAACCCCUUAUAUUGCCAAGACUCCAUAUCUAUGGUGAAGUUGGCCUCUCGCACUUGUCAAAAGAUCAAUGGAGCUCUUGUAGAAUCAACCAAGAAAGUUCGUAGCUUAACAAAAUCAGUGACGUCUUUAUCGAAGAAAAGCCAAAUACCCAAGACUGUUUAUGCUACUACAAAGAAACAACUUAGCUACAGAGUGCCACUUUCCGAAAAGAAAGCAAAUGGCGGUAAAUCCUUUGAGGGAAGGAAACUUUUUGACGAUGCAAGUCAGCUGACUCCUUCUGACAAGGAAAAUUUAGUGCUGGAAAGUAUUACAAGUACUGAAAUCAUAAAAGAGGAAAAAGUGAAGCCUGUUGUUGUGCAUGGUGAGGAUCAACCAGAAGAACAUGGUCUGAGUGUUCAUGGCAGCACUAGUAGUGAAACCAUAAAAGAGGAAGAAAAGGGCAAGCCUGUUGCUGAGCAUGGUGAGGAUCAACCAGAGGAACAUAGCAGCACAAACACACUUGUCAAAGAAGGUCAAGUCUUUGUAAGAGAAAAUAAUCUUUCCAUGGUUGAUCAGAAUAAAUCGCCACCAUUAAGUGUAAGAUUACGGGAACUAUCAAAUACUCUAAAGGCAUUAAAUUCAGGAACUCCAUUUUCUGCGAGGAGAAUAGAAACAAAUGAUGCUUUAUCUCGUGCUUUACUCCCAACGGAGCUUGUGGAGCCAACUACUCCAUUUGUUGAACAUAGAACAAAGGAUGUCAAAAACAUCGAUAGCCCGUGGCAAACAUUCAGUGUGCACAAUUCUGAUGUGAAGAAUUCUGUUGUUAAAGAAUGUUUAAGAGUUCUAAAUACAGCUGACAAGGAGGAAUUGAAAAAAUUAAAGGGAAUUGGAGAGAAGCGAUCAUCAUAUAUUCUUGAACUUCGUCAAGAAUCUCCAGAGCCGUUCAAGAAUAUUGAUGACUUGAAAGAUAUUGGACUUACAGCUAAGCAGAUCAAGUUCAUGAUGAAACAAGAAGUUGGAAGGCUCUUCGAUUAACCAGUUGAAAAGAGAAUGCAAGAAAAGAGUAUCAGAUUUUCUUUAUCACAAAAGAGAUCGAGGCAAUAUGGUUGCCAUGUAUUUACUUACUAUUGUAUACCAUGUGUUUACAAAAUUGGUCUGAACUAUUUACACAUUUAUGUAUCUAAUGCAUCAUAUGCUCAGUUUGAACAAGUGUUUCAGUAAAAUUUGUGUUAAUUUCUUCUUUACAGUACUAUAAA